UCAUUUUGUUUAUAAAACAACAGCAUUCCAAAAAAAAAAACAAAACGUUUCUUCGCGUAAUUUUUGAAUCUUUUGGCUAAAAUUCAAUUACUCAAGUUAAAAAAUGGCCUUAGCAAUGCAAAAACGGAACAAUGUGCGCCUUCCACCAGAAGUUAACCGGGUGCUGUACGUCAGAAAUUUGCCCUACAAAAUUACCUCGGAUGAGAUGUACGAUAUAUUCGGCAAAUAUGGAGCCAUCCGACAGAUAAGGGUCGGGAAUACACCGGAAACGCGUGGAACAGCUUUUGUUGUAUAUGAAGAUAUCUUCGAUGCCAAGAACGCAUGCGAUCACCUAUCGGGCUUCAACGUGUGCAAUCGAUACCUCGUGGUUCUCUACUAUCAAUCCACGAAGGCCUUCAAACGGUUGGAUGUCGACAAGAAACAGGACGAGCUGGAUCAAAUGAAAGCCAAAUACAAUAUCAAUUCGGAUGAUUUGAGAAAGUAAACGAAAAAAAAUGUAGAUUUUAAGAACCCAUUUUUUUAAGAACGGUGAAGUAAAGCAUUAAUUUCAAAACAUG